UCAGAGGAUUCGAGAAGAGUCGGAGGCGGCUCGGGCUCGCACCACUCACCAACUACCGCGGCGGCGGCGCCGGAGGAGGAGACGACGGCCACGGCGGCGGAGGAAGGCGAGGGGUCGGGGGCGAUGGCUUCCGUUGCCGCGGCGGAGGGCGCGGCGGCGGCGCUCCGGUCGGUGCUGUCGCGCGCGCAGCAGGCGGCGGCGCGGUCGGGGCGCGCGCCCGAGUCCGUGCGGGUGGUGGCGGUGAGCAAGACGAAGCCGGUGGGCGUCAUCCGCGGCGUGUACGACGCCGGGCAACGCUGCUUCGGCGAGAACUACGUCCAGGAGCUCAUCGACAAGGCCCCCCAGCUUCCAGAGGAUAUUGAGUGGCAUUUCAUCGGGAACCUCCAAAGCAACAAGGCCAGAGCUCUCCUAGCUAGUGUACCAAAUCUUGACAUGGUUGAGAGUGUUGAUGAUCAGAAGAUUGCCAAUCGGCUUGAUCGUGUGGUAGCUGACUUGGGAAGGAAACCCCUUAAGAUCUUAGUCCAGGUCAACACCAGUGGAGAAGAAUCGAAAUUUGGAGUAGAUCCAUCAGGAUGUGUAGAGCUAGCAAAACACGUCAAAUUGGGCUGCCCAAAUCUUGUGUUUUCUGGUUUGAUGACAAUCGGGAUGCUUGAUUAUUCCUCAACUCCAGAGAAUUUCAAGACAUUGUCUAAUUGCCGAAAAGAGGUGUGCAAGGAGCUUGGGAUUCCAGAGGAGCAGUGCGAGCUGUCUAUGGGCAUGUCUGCUGAUUUUGAGCAAGCGAUUGAAAUGGGAAGCACAAAUGUUAGAGUUGGGUCGACUAUAUUUGGUGCAAGAGAAUACCCAAAGAAGAACUAGGAUCGUUAUAUGAUCAGGACAUCUGGAGGUGCGCAGAUGAACCGGUUGUUCUUGUGGAUGACAUCUGAAUCAGCAGAUGGGAGAAGGAUCGUUUGAUCUUCUGGUUCUGCAGCCGAGUUGUCGUCUUCCCUUCCAUCUUUUUUAGAUUUGGGAAUAAGUUUUGGGAUGUUUUUCUAAAUAAAUAUUAGAAAAAGUGAUCAUCUUAGUUUCAUACUAUAACGAACAUGUUCCGGUGCUCUGUAGAUUUAUACAGAUGCUAAUGAAUCAAGAAACCGUCGUCUGCCUACUGCUCGUCGUGCUAUACGGGGCAUUGCGCCACUGGAGAGUAGAGACGGUCGCCGAGGUGUUGAGGUGUAAACAUUCCAUAGAAAUUUCUUAGUAUUCAAUCAUUUGUUUCAAAAAAAUAAUAUAGGAAAAACUCCUGUAGCAUUACAAUAUUACAAACUUCUUAUGUUUUUUCCUUCGAACGAAACAAGGCCAAAAUAGUAUACAAAUGGUUCGGGGUGGGAGGGGGGAGGCAUAAGAUACAUAUAUACUGUUUGGUAGCCAGCUUCUGAGAAUCUGGAAAAGCUCUGAAACCUAGCUUCUGGCUUCUUAGUUCAUUUUUUAGAAUCUAUAACUACAGAUUCUUAAAAGUUCUGGACCAUUUGGGAUAGCUUCUGGUAGAAGCAGCUUUUGGGAAAAGCUGCAGUUAGGAAAAGCUCUCUAAACAGGCCUCUAGAGUGUGUCGAUUUUCUAGUGAUCUCAAGUUUGCAGGUUCUAUUAUUUAUACCAAGGGUAGAGCUACAUAAGUGCUGUGGGUGCCCAAGAACCUGGUCCAACAAAUUUGUUAGUUGUAGUUUAUCUAUUUUUACCAUAUGUGCAUCCCGCUCUAAAUUUAAACUUAGAGCACUCGUAUCAGUGUAAACUUGGUUUAAAGCAGAGUAAAGCGAGUAACACCACUCUAUUUCG